UCUUCCAUGACUGAGAUGCAGACUGACGACCUGGUGCCUUCUUCAGACAUGGAGGCCUGGAGCAGACAUCAAGUAAGAGAAUGGGCUCUUAAUCUUGGAGGAGUUGACCAGAAUUCAGUGGACAUACUCUUUAAUCAGGACAUUACAGGACCAAGCCUUAAGCAUCUGGAUACUACAGACUUGACCCAAAUGGGUGUGAAAUUUGGACCAGCCAAACUCAUCAUUGUUGCAAAAAAUGAAAUUGUAAAAGCCAAAGCAAAACAAUGCACUCCUUAUCCGUUUGGCAAGUAUGCUGCAGCUCAUUGGUACAUUGAGGGCGACAUUCUCAUUGUAGCUGAAUCUGGUGCAUCAGACCUUAUCGAGCCAUGUCAUGAAUUCAAAGCAUUUAUAAACACAACAAAAAUGGACAAAUUUGUAGAUGAGGUUAUCCGCUUUGGAGCUUCCUGUAUGAACAGUCACACUAAUGGCACAAUACAUUUUGGCAUAAUGGACCAACCACAUGGUAAAAUACAGGGUGUUCUAGUAGACAGCAAAGAGAAAGAACAUUAUGAUCAAAAACUCAGGUUCGCCAUCAGUAAGCGUUUUGCUUACAAGCACAAAGAUGUAGCUCAACAAUGCAUCAAACCUCCUCGAUUUGUGGAAGUCCUCAACAGGAAUUUGACCACAACAGGCAAGUUUGUGAUAGAGGUUGAUAUAGUGCCUUAUAAUACAAUCUGCAAAAGCAAAGUCUUCCACACUUACAAUGCUAUCACUAAAGAAAAACAGCUCUUUAUGCGAGAAGGUGGCAGCUCCAAUAUCUUGUCAGAACGCAGAAAGCAAUUGGAAGAAAAGCAACUGUGUUUGGUAAGAAGACACAUGCAAGGCUCUAAGCUGUGUCAGAUGAUCACUGGGGGAACUGGCUCCUUGGACAGGUCAUACUACACACACUACAUUAUAGUGACCAGUAACUCUCACCCCACUCGGUUAGACUCAAUGAGGUUCCUUAUUCAUCUCAGACCAGCAAUCGUCUUUGACUUUGGACAUAAGUCAGCUCAAAAUCGUCUCUAUAAGCACAUACAAAAAUAUUCAAAAGUAAUUGCUCUCCCAGAACAGUGUACAAGCACAAUGCUAGCAAAGAACAUUUCUCUGCACGUCAUCCGCUGGCUGUUUCACUCAGGAAAAUUUAGACAGUCUAGCAUACAGGUCUGGUUCCGUAAGUGCAUAGCAUUUCAAACUGUAAAUCCAUUCUAUCAAAAAGAUGUUUUUAACAACAAGUGUCUUGUUGUUUUUCUAAUUUUGUCUGAAGUUGAUCAAAUGGAUCCUCUUGUGGAGACCUUCUGUACAUUUUAUCAGCAGCUGAAAGGCAAAGAGCAGAUCCUUUGUAUUUGUGAGAAUGAGAAUGCAUUUACCUUGUGGAAAAACUUGAUAGACGCUCGCUGUGGAGUGGACAUCUCAAAUAGAUGCAUCUAUGAGCUCAGCUUUGCAGAGGUCAAUGGCACCAUCCUGAGCCUUCGGUCAAAGAACCGCUGGAAGAGCCGAUUCCUCCCGGGAGCUGGAGGGGGCAGAGUGCUUCUGGAGAAGAAAGUGGAGCACCAGCUCACUACACUGGAUGUUGUUUGUGUGAAUCAGUGUGAAGGAGGAAAUGAAGACCAAGUCUCCAUCGAGCAGAACUUCUACAGAGAGGGAGACGUGUCCUGGUGGAACUUCUAUUUCUCAGAGCAGCCUGGCUCCAUGCCGUUUAUUAAAAGGGACAAAUUUGUUUACAUAGUUGACACACUCAUCCCAGACUUGUGUUCCUUGAGAAAAGCCUGUGUCCUCUUGAACCUCCUCCAUGUACCUGGAUGUGGUGGCACCACUCUGGCCAAACACACUCUGUGGACUCUCCGAGAAAAGUUCCGCAGUGCUGUGCUUAUUGACAACGACGCAGACCCAGUUACAGUGGCAGAACACGUGGUCACCCUCCUGCAGUGUGGCUGUAAAGAGCAAGAACCCCCAGUGCCUGUGUUGUUGAUGAUAGAUGAUUUCAAAGACAUGACGAAGGUCUUCAACUUACAACAGCUCAUUGAAAGACAGUGUUUGAGCAGCAGAGUCCAGUCCAGGUCUCCACAGGUGAUCCUCCUCAACUGCAUGAGGUCAGAGCACAUUUCUGGUCCAACUGAUCCAACUGAAGACACUGUAUUCAUUGAACAGAGUAUAUUUGAGGAUCAACAAGCUAAAGGCAAUAUAUUUCUUGACAUCCUCUGUCAGAAUACACAAGAGUCUGAUACCUCCCUGUCGGGUUCUCCGGGCACCCCUAGAAUGCAGGUUCUGGACCAGCAUAUGGAUUUGCCGGCCCUGAAGCCUGCGAUAAAGAAAGUUGUCCCAUUGAAGUCUCCUCUAAACCCUCCUCUGUAG